UGUGUUUUUCCUCCAGGCUACCAGACUGAGUUCUGCUCAGGGACACCAGGCCCUGUAACCUCAGACUUCUUUCUCCUUUCCAUUGCAGUUCUGAACUCCAAAGGCCUCUGCCCUGUGGUCCUUCCAGAGGAUUUAUGGGAUCAGUUCCUGCUUUCUGCAAAGAACAAUACCAAAAAAGGAAUAGAAACAUGUGGAGUCUUAUGCGGGAUACUGGUAAGGGAAGAAUAUCAAGUCACUCAUAUUAUAAUCCCUAUGCAGAAUGGAGAGCCUGAUUAUUGUUAUGCUGAGAAUGAGGAGGAACUCCUUUUUAUUCAAGAAGAGCUGGGGCUUCUCACCUUAGGUUGGAUUCAUACCCAUCCAACCCAGACAGGCUUCUUGUUGAGUGUGGAUUUACACACUCAUUAUUGUUACCAGAAGAUGUUGCUGGAAUCCAUUGCAGUGGUGUGUGCACCCAAAUAUAAACAGAUUGCAGUCAUGUCACCAUCCAAAACAGCAGAUUUGCAAUGA